AUGUUUUUGCGGGAGCUGGAGCGCAGUGAUGGGACGGUUCUGGCGAUUCAGCAGCUGAGCUCCGGAGACGUAGGCUGCGUGGUGUGGGACGCCGCUAUCGUACUAUCCAAGUUCCUGGAGGGCGAGGAGUUUGUGGGCCCUGGAUUCCAUAAGCUGAGGGGGAGAUCGGUUCUGGAGCUGGGGUCUGGCACCGGCAUUGUAGGGAUCAUGGCGGCAACCCUCGGGGCAGACGUCACGUUGACGGAUCUUGAAGACUUGAAGGACUUGAUGAACGUGAACAUUGAAAGCAACAAGGAUCUAAUCACCGGUAGCUGCCGAGCGAAGGUACUAAAAUGGGGUGAGGAUGUCACAGAGUUCCUGCCUUCACCUAACUACAUUUUGAUGGCGGACUGCAUAUACUAUGAAGAGUCCUUGUGUCUGCUGCUGAAGACCCUUAAAGAUCUCUGUAGCCUGGAGACUUGUAUCCUGUGCUGUUACGAACAAAGAACCACUGGGAAAAACCCUGAAAUUGAAAGAAGAUUUUUUGAGCUGCUGGGGGUUGACUUUGAGUUUGAAGAAGUACCUUUGGAGAAACACGAUGCAGAGUACCAGAGUGAAGACAUUCAUAUCCUGAGAGUUUAUAAGAAAAAAUAGGCCCCAGCCGCGUGGCCAGCUUUGACUGCUUGCCACCAUUAAGCACAAGCUGCAGCAGAUCCAGAUGCCUCCAACCUGGUCAC